GAACUUCCUGUGGCAAAAUGGUUUAAGUUCCACAGACUUGAACCAAGUUGAUAUUCGCCCUCAGCACAGCCGCCACGUGAGUCCUAAAGAACACGUGCUAGCGUUUCAUGGACAAACAGGCACUUGACCGUGUUUUUUCUCAAUCAUGACCUACCAACGCAAGCUGAAGUGCUUCGAUGUCAUUCCUCCUUGCGACUCUGUUGAAGAGUCAGCUCUUCGAAGGCUACGCAUAGACCUUUAUUUCGACCUCAAUUCGGAAGAAGAAGAAUUUUUAUUCGAGUUGACUAGAGCGUACGAAGCCCUCUUCACUGCUUACAAGCGAUUAUAUAAAUUCGCAUGGUUUGUGGCAAAAAAACGCGACUCUGGGCUCUUGCUCGCGACUAUCGCAAACGUCAUUGACAUCGCCGUAAAGCAUGAACUCCACAUGGCAGACAUCAUCCGGAGAGUAGAGACCGCCUUUUCACAACCUGACGAUACCUUCGGCGAAGGCUUGACUAAAGAAAUCUUGGAUCUAUCAAAAUCAAUGGACUCGGAUGCAACACAACUAGUCGGGGAUGUCCGAUGCAUGAUGCAGAAAUUUCGAAAGAACGGUUUAUUGGACCGGCUAUCGAGUAACGUUUGCAAGGUCUUGACACUCGUCAUCGCCAUUGUCAUUGUCGGUGUAGUAGGAGGUGUCGCUGUUAUCAUUGGUAUCCUCACAGCAAGUAUCUUGUUGUCCCUUUUAUGGCCAGUGUCAGGAAUCCCAUCGUACAUCUUGUAUGGGGUAGUCACUCUUCUGGAGCCUACCCAAACAGCAGCAGAAGCAGUUAAUCAACGAUUAUAUGUGUUUGGGUGCUCUAGACUGGAGGUCGUGGGUUGGUUGAAUUUAUUAGCGGAGUUGGACAAAGAGCCGUCGUCGCCGGAUCGUUGUGCGACAGUUGCUCGGGUCUUAUGUGACCUCCGCAGGUUUUGUAUCUUCUUCAGCACAAAACGUGGGCUGAAAAAACUAUGCAUAGCACACGAAACUUUUGCUAGGGAUCCAUCGUGGAAUGGCUUGCCUUCAUAUUCCCUACUACCUAAUCUUUCACAGCCGGUGCCAUCCCAUACCGAUCGUAACAACCAUUCCAUAGGAGGCCGUGAUGUUCCUAUCGCAUCCCCCCAUGAGAAUGUCGAAGCAUACCAGCCUUCAACGCCUGAACCUGAACCAGGGCCAUCACGACGUGAUGCAUCUGCGUGUGUUUUAAUACAACUCAACCCAAUUAAUGUUCUCACAUCGAAAUAGCUCGACUUCCCAAUCAGUACACCUUAUCGACGUCGGCUUUGACAGUACUCCAAACUCAACUCGCGCUUCUCUUCCUCCUCAAUAACGACGAUAUCUACACUGGACAUUCGUCACUGCCCCUGAAACUUGUGAUUUUGAACGAUUCUGGAGUGUCGGUGUCCUGCCUCUCUCUGCAUAUACUUGCUAUCCUUGUACACGCUCGAAAAAGCUCCUGAACUGGA